AUGUACCCGCAUGUACUGUCUUCAUCCCACCCCCCCUCCACGGCCUCAGGGGCGAGCGCCGAGCGCGGCCGAAUGGCCCAUGGCCACAUGACCGCGGCGGCGGCCCUCCUGCUCUCCACGGGGCUGCUGCUUGUGGAUCAGUCCGUUGCGUUGACUUCGCAGAUGCGCGCUGUCGAGUCUCCCGCACUGACCCACGCCUCUCCCGGGGCCCAGUGGACGUUUGGCGGCGCCUGGGCGGACGUCGACGGAGACGGCGACUUGGAUUUUGCUCUGCCCGGCGAUUGGGAAAAGGGCGUGCAUGUGCAGUGGGUGAGGAACGACGGAGAUGGGAAGCUGGUGGCGGGGAGCCUGGACGAAGACGUGGAGGGCGGUCCGGACGGCACGAAACUGGGCCAGCGCGCGGCCGUGCUGGCAGCGGACUUCAACAACGACGGCCUCGUGGACCUCUACCUGACAGCCUGCGUCAACCUGCUGGGUCGCGACCACCCCACCAACUGCUCCCACGGCGUUUUCUACGAAAAUUUGGGCGGCGGCAAUUUCAGGGGCCAUCAGGACACUGGCAUGGAUUCUGUCGUUGUUGAGUUCGCGCCUGCGGCGGCCGACGUCGACGGAGACGGGCUGCUGGACCUGUUCGUGGCGGAGGGCCUGCCGCGGACGAGCAACGUGGACAUCGCGGGGGUGUACACGAACAAGCUGUACAUUAACAAGGGAGGCUUCAAAUUCGAGGACUCCGGCGUCGACGUGGACAAUCCCGGCACGUGCUGCUCCACGUUCCUGGACAUCGACGAGGACGGCGACCAGGACCUGGUCACGGGAUCCUGCAACUUGCUCAAGAGUUCCAAUGUGUCGCGGGGCGUGGCCUCGACGGAGGGCCUGGAGAGCGUGCCCGGGCCGAUUCGCCUUCACAGAAAUCUCGUGGUCGAGACGGGCUCGCUGUCCUUCGAGGACGCCACGGACGAAAUUUUUGGGCCCCUGGAUCCAGGCCUGUGGAUGGGCGUGGCGGUGGCUGACGUCAACCACGACGACCGCGUUGACAUUUACGUGGGUCAGACGGGAGACCACUCAGAGGGCCAACAACACCUCCUGCUGCUCAGCGCCCCCGGAAGCGGAUACCGCAAUGCAUCGGCGAAAUCCGGCAUCGACGCCCAAAAGUUCACUUGGGGCUCCGCUUUCCUGGAUCUGAACAACGACGGGCACCCGGACUUGGUGACGGUCGGGGCAGCCGUGACGUCGGAAAACGGGAAGCACCUGCAGCGCCGCAAUCCCGGGACGACUUUCCUCAAUACGGGCUACGGGCGCUUCAACAGGGAAGGGGAUCUGGGGUUGUCCGACUUCAUGUGCUCGGGUCUGGCGACCGCUGAUUUCGACGAGGACGGCAGCGAGGACGUCAUGAUCAUCGCGUCGACGCCCGCGAACCCGAUCCUCCGGCGGCUGCUGAGGGAGAAGGGGCGACUGCACCUCUUCAGGGGGAGGGCGCCCGGCAACAUGCACGUGAGCCUGGAGCUGAAGGGGACGGUCAGCAACCGGCAGGGCAUCGGUUCCCUGGUCCGCCUGUGCACCGACAGCGUGCCACGCAUCUGCCAGAAGAAGGCGCUGGCCGCGGGCAGCAGCUUCGCCUCCACGCACAGCCCCUACCUCCAUUUCGGCACGGGCUCGGGGAUCCGCACUGUCAACGUGGAAGUCACUUGGCCCACGGGUCAGCGGGAGGCUUUUGCACCCCUCAAGACGGGCCAGCGACACGCCCUGGUGGAAGGCGAGGGGCGAGCCGUAGAAACCGUGGAAACUGUAGACGAACAGGAUAUCGAAAGUAUCGAAAAUGCCGAAGUUACUGAUAACGGGGAGGAGGCGGUUGAGGUGGCGCCCGAGCCUCCCAGGCGGCCACCAAAGCGUCGGUCGCACACGCUGUCCAAAGGGCGCCAAAGGAAAUCAUCUGCGGAUACGGGAGUAUCGGAAGCAUCGCAAGAAACGGAAGAAUCGGUCCUCGAGCCCCAGGAGGGCGUCGAGGUGAGCGGCAGGUAG